GCUCAAGACCUCAUGACUGUCGCAGUCCCCUUCUUCUCAUGCUCACUCCCCGCUGCAGACCGUGCUGCAUUAGCCGGCCUCUCUGACGACGCCGUGCGCGCAUGGGUAGCCACUCGCGCCCAAGAGUACCGCGACAUUGCCCUCGCCCUCCUCUCCAUCUACAACGCCGUCGCGCCCAUCCACCGCGCCUUCCCCACAGAAAUUCUCUCCGAAGUCUUUUCACACUGCUGGAAAGACCCUCAAAGCAUCGCCGUCAUCCAUGUCUGCCGCCACUGGCGUUCAAUCGCGCUCAAGACUCCCCGCCUUUGGGCCGCCGCCCUCGCCGCACCUGGGAAGCUGCUCUCCCAAUACUGGGGAUGUAGAUCCAGCCGCCACGACUUUGCAGAGUUUGCGCUCGAGCGAUCUUCUCCUCAGCCUCUUUGCCUUAAAGUCUACUAUUUCAUCGAUCGCUUCGCCAGCACGCUCACCCCACACACUGCGCGCCUCGUCGAUCUCUACGUCCGCCUCGGCGAUGCAUCGAACCUCUCCACUUUAUGCGAGUUUCUCAACUCGGGUGCGCCGAAUCUCGAAGUCCUCGGUAUCACAUUCCCG